AUGUCCUACGAUCGCUACAUUGCCAUCUGUAGACCCCUGCACUAUGAGACCCUCCUGGGCAGCAGAGUUUGUCUCCACCUGGCAGCAGCUGCCUGGACCUGUGGGGUUCUUUUUGCUCUGCUGCACACAGCCAAUACAUUUUCCCUGCCCCUCUGCCAGGGCAAUGCUCUGCACCAGUUCUUCUGUGAAGUGCCCCAGAUCCUCAAGCUCUCCUGCUCCACAUCCUACCUCAGGGAACUUUGUCUCCUUGUGCUCAGUGCCUGUUUAUACUCUGUCUGUUUUGUGUUCAUUGUGGUGUCCUACGUGCAGAUCUUCAGGGCAGUGCUGAGGAUCCCCUCUCAGCAGGGACGCCACAAAGCCUUUGCCACCUGCCUCCCUCACCUGGCUGUGGUCUCCCUGUUUAUCUGCACUGCCUUCUUUGCCAACCUGAAGCCCUCCUCCAUGUCAUCUCCAUCCCUGGACUUGGUGGUGUCAGUCAUGUAUUCAGUGGUGCCUCCAGCAAUGAACCCUCUCAUCUACAGCCUAAGGAACCAGGAGCUGAAGGCUGCCCUGAGC